AUGGUAUUAGCGGACUUGGGCCGCAAGCUCAAUGCCGCCCUCUCUUCCCUCAAUAGAGCCCCCGUCGUUGAUGAGAAAAUUCUCGAUGCGACUCUGAAAGAAAUUACUGCUGCUCUCCUCGAAUCGGACGUCAAUGUCAAGCUCGUCGCAUCUCUGCGACAAAAGGUCAAGGCAAAAGUAAAAGCCGCUCUUGAAAGCGCAGACAAGGCCAAGGAAGCCAACCGGAAGAAUCUCAUUCAAAAGGCUGUCUUUGAUGAGCUCGUGCACUUGGUGGAUCCUGGCGUCGAGCCCUAUAAACCAAAGAAGGGGCAGUCGAACGUGAUAAUGGCCGUCGGUCUGCAGGGUAACGGUAAAACUACGACAUGCACAAAGCUUGCUGUACACUACCAAAAACGAGGCUUCAAGUCUGCCAUCGUCUGUGCAGAUACUUUUCGUGCCGGCGCUUUCGACCAAACACGCCAGUCAGCGACGAAAGCCAAGGUCGCGUACUUUGGAUCGUACACGGAGACGGAUCCGGUGGUAAUCGCUGCUCAGGGUGUUGCAAAGUUUAAAAAAGAGCGGUUUGAAGUUAUCAUUGUGGAUACCUCUGGACGGCAUAAGCAGGAGUCGGAGUUGUUCGAGGAAAUGGUACAAAUCGGUGAAGCAGUCAAUCCGAAUAUGACCGUUCUCAUUCUCGACGCUAGCAUCGGUCAAGCUGCCGAGGCGCAAAGUCGAGCCUUCAAAGAGAGCGCAAACUUCGGAGCAAUUAUCGUAACUAAGAUGGAUGGUCAUGCGAAGGGUGGAGGCGCCAUUUCUGCCGUCGCAGCCACAAAGACACCAAUAAUCUUCCUCGGUGUAGGCGAACAUCUACACGAUCUGGACCGAUUCUCUCCCCAGCCGUUUAUAUCAAAGCUUUUGGGUCUGGGCGAUGUUCAAGGACUCAUGGAACACAUGCAAGAUCUCGCAACACAAAAUCCAGACAAGCAAAAGGAAAUGGCGAAGAAACUGGAAGAAGGUAAACUAAGUAUUCGAGACUGGCGAGAGCAAAUAUCAAAUGUUAUGAAUAUGGGACCGAUAAGCAAAAUUGCAUCAAUGAUACCAGGUCUACCUCAGGAUUUAUUGCAAGGGUCGGAUGAGGAGGGAGCGAUGAGGAUGAAACGGAUGAUAUACAUAACGGAUAGCAUGACAGCGGUGGAACUGGACUCUGACGGUACACCAUUCAUGGAAAUGGGCAAGGAUGGCAAGCCGACUGGACUAACGUGGCGUGUGACACGGGUUGCCCGGGGAAGUGGAACGAGCGUACGCGAAGUGGAAGAACUGCUUUGUCAAUACCGGAUGAUGGCGAACAUGGCGAAACAAGCAGGUGGGAAGAAUGGGUGGCUGUCGGCGAUGCAAAAAAUGCAGGCAGCGGCUGGUGGCAAAGGACGUGGAGCGAAUGGAAUGCCGACGCCUGCUCAGAUACAGGCGAUGCAGCGGGCUAUGCCUCCUGGUAUGCUGCAACAGAUGCAACGACAGAUGCGCAAUGGGGGUGGGAUGCAAGAGAUGAUGAAGGCGAUGAUGCAGGGCCAAGGAGGGGACCAGAUGGACAUGGAGGAGAUGCAGAGGAUGAUGGCUUCUAUGGGAAACGGGCUGGGUGGAUUAGGCGGCUUGGGGGGACUUGGUGGAGGGAUGGGAGGGAUGGCGGACAUGCUCAAGAUGAUGGGUAUGGGCGGGCCGGGACGGUAA